AUGCUUAAAGAUAAAAAACAAGAAUUGGAACAUGAAAUAUUUGAAGAAUCAAAAGAAAAGAAAAGACUUAUGCGUAAAUUAAUAGAGGAAGAUGAACAACAUGUACACUAUGAAAAGGGUUCAGCCGAUAGACAUGAUGAUGGAGAAAAAACAGAUUACGGAGCGGAUGUAAGGAGCGGCUUUCAAAGUAUUGCUCCUGAUUAUGAAGAUAGAAAUAAUCAGAAAAGAGUCCAAGAAAGCGACACAAAAGAUUUGCAAUCCGAACUACCUGAAAGAAUAAAACAAAUACGACAACGACGUAUUGCUGGUGAAUGCAAUUCUAAAAAAACAGAUUAUGACUAUAUGUGGACUACAACGGAUGAUGGCAAACGUGAUGAAUCGAAAGUGGGCAAUAUUAUGGAAGGUGGAGAACGUAGCGAGGUUUCAGAAUUUGGACGAAAAGUUCGCUCAGAAUCGACUACAGAAAACCCGAACUGUGUAGAAAUUGAAAAUACUGAAAUCAAUCCGCUUGCACUAAAAAAUAAGCUUAAAUCGAAGAUUUAA